AUGAGCGACAGCGAUGACGAACUAAUGGCUUUGGCCGGAUUGGAAUCUGAUGAAAGAUCUAAUAAAGAAGAUGAUGAAUAUGAACCGCAAAUCAGUACCUCGAGAAGGAGUAGUAAGAGACACAUUGAAGAGGAAGAAGAGGACGAUGUUGAAGCCGAUGAAGGAGAGAAAGAUCCUUAUCCUUUAGAUGGAAAAUUCAAAGAUGAAGAGGAUCGAAGUAAAUUAUUGUCGAUGGAUGAAGUGAGUAGAGAGCAGAUCUUGUAUGAUCGUAUGCAAGAGAAGGAGACGCUUAGAGAGAGAAGGUACUUGGCGUUGAGGGCAAGACAAAGCAAGGCUGAGUCGAGUGCCAUGGAGCACACGGGAUCAAAAACUAAGAAAUUAAAGACAAGUAAGCUUUCUGAGUUAAAGAGACAAAGAGAGAAGAAAAAUAGAAGGAGGUCUAAAGGAAACGAAGACUACGAUGAAGAUGAAGAGAACUUGGACGAUUUGGUUGAAGAUGAUGAUGAGGACGACAGAGAUUUGGAUGAAUUGGCAGGUUAUGGUGAUGAGGAUGAAGCUUACUACUCUGAUGAAUAUGAACCGAGCGCGGGUAAGACAAAGGGUAGUAAGAGUGGUAGCUCAUGGGGUGGCUAUGAUGAUAAGUAUCAAAGAGAGGCUAAGCUUGAUGACUUAAACAAGAAGGUUCGAUUUUCUAGGACCGUUUUGGACAGAUUCAUGUACAGAGAGGAGUUUGACAACGUGGUUUCUGGCUCAUAUGUUCGUCUUAACAUUGGGCUUUCCAGAGAGACGGGAAAACCUGAAUACAGAAUGGCAAAGGUUGAACAAGUUAAGCGCGAUAGAAAGCCGUAUCCACUUUAUGGCAGAGCGUGCAAUACAUAUCUUCUGGUUUCGCAAGGCGAUUCGAAGAAAGUGAUUGACAUUGCGUGUAUUUCUGACUUCCCAUUCACAGCGGAGGAAUUUGACAACUAUAAGAAACGAUUAGAAAAUUCCGAGGUAGAGGUGCCUAGUUUGGGAGAAGUUGAAGAGAAAUUUAACGAGUUGAGGGCCAUGUCGACUAGGAAAUUGACUGAUGAAGAUAUCAAUAAGAUGGUGGCCAGGAAACAAGAGUUGGUUGGAUCGAUGGACUCUGCUUCAAGAGUGAGAAGACUUGCAGGCCUAAGAGAAGAACUACAAGCCGCUCUAGAGAGAGUGGAGUUGGAUAACGUACAAGAACUAACGAAACAGAUUGAAGAGCUUACCAAAUUGAAGGAGAAGACGGGUGCUUCUACGAAGAUGAGUGAGAUCAAUUUGAGAAAUAAGAGGACAACUCAGGUGUUGAUUAAAAGAGCUCAACGUAAAAAAGCCGAAUUAGAGAAGAUGCAAUCCAAAGCAGUCAAAGAAGAUCCUAAUGAUCCAUUCAGCAAGCUGGCACUGGCCGAAGCUAAGAGACAGCAGGCAGAAGAAGACGAGGUGGACAGGAGAGAAUUAGAUCCGAUUGAAACUAUCAAAGCGACAGCCGUUGGCUGUAAAUAUAGACGAGAGGGCGUAGAGUCGGUGAUCAAGGACAUUCCAUUUGAGAUUGAGUUGGAGUUAUAA